AUGGGGUUCGGAAUUCUAGAGCCUAACACGACAGGCCAUACGCCUGGCACGGUUCUUCUGGAUCAACAGGCUGCGCAUUCGGAAGGCUCUACUGGACGGUUGAAGCAUGCCGCGGGAAAGAACUCCAACAUUGUGCUUGCCCCUCAACCCUCAGAGGAUCCCAACGAUCCUCUGAACUGGUCGCAAACAAAGAAGAACCUUAUUACGCUUGUUAUCUUCCUCGGAGUGGUCAUUCAUGGCUCACCCCUACUCAAUGCCGGAAUCGUCGUGAUCGCCGUCGACUUGAAGCACUCAGUCACAGAUAUUGCGAAGCUCGGUGGCUAUCUCCUGAUCGGAACAGCCACUGCAGGCCCAUUCGCAUCAGCUUUCGGUCGCAAAUAUGGCAAACGUCCUGUUUAUAUCUUCUCGUCGAUCAUCGGACUCAUUGGCUGUAUUAUCUCGGAGGUUGCAUCUGGGUACAAUCAGUUGCUAGCUGGACGAGUCCUACAAGGUAUCGCCGUCGCAGCUUACGAAUCGUUGGCUGUGGCGUCUAUCGGAGAUAUGUUCUUCGUGCACGAGAGAGGACCUCGUGUCGCCAUUAUUGUCUUCCUUCUGGCUGCUAUAUCCAACGGGAUCUCCAUCGUCGCCGGUGUUAUUACGGCCAAUCUCGGCUGGCACUAUAACUUCCACAUCCUCACUCCCUUCGCUGCCCUCCAGACGAUUGCUGUCAUUGCAUACGCGCCAGAGACGAUUUACCGCCGCAGCGCGAUUUAUGACAUCGACACGGUUGGCUCUGAGGAGAACUUCGACAAACUCGCGUCGGUCGAGGCGCGUGCUGUCCACCACCUUGAGAAAGCUGGAGAUGGCGCAACGGACCUCGAACAAACCAUGACUCAAGGGACUGGAGAUUCUCUAGAGUCUAUGCGCCCUAAGAAGACCUACUGGCAAGAACUAUCUGUCUACAACGGGGCGUUCGUCGAGGACUCAAUCAUCAAAAUGGUUUUGGCGUGUCUGGCCAUUCUACUCAACCUGGGUGCACUCUACCAGAUCAUCUCGACCGGCAUCAUCAUUGCCUGGUACGUUGCAGUUGCUAUCCUGACUGGUGUUAUUUUUGCUAUUCCACCAUAUCUUCUGGGCACCGCGACCAUCGGAUAUCUCUCCACUGGACCUCUGAUCGGUGGCUUUCUGGGUUGCCUUGUACCUUUCCUCAUUUCCGCGCCUAUGAUAAGGUUCUUGACACGCAAGAAUAGAGGCGUUUACGAGCCAGAGUUCUGUCUACUGCCCAUAUCUGUCGGGGGUCUGGCCAUAGUCGCAGGACUUCUUGGUUGGGGCUUCGCUAUCAAGAAUUUACAAAGCAUCUAUGUUGUCGCCUUCCUUUGGGGAUUGAUGCUAUUUGGCAUGAGUCUGGUUGCGACAUUCACGACUCAGUGGGCGCUUGACGCCUACCGCCAACACAGCACCGAAUUGUUCGUCAUGAAUAUGGUUUUCAAGAACUUCUUCUACUAUGGUUUGACGAACUACAUAAUCCAAUGGUACUUGAAAUCAGGCCCUGUCCAACUCGUAGGGGUGAUGGCCGGGCUUUCCGGAUCCAUGUGUCUACUGGCCAUCCCGAUGUACAUCUUCGGCAAGAAGUACCGACAUUACUGGCAUCACCACAAUCUGAUCAAGAUGCUGAGGCUGGAG